UUUACCCCGCGAAGAUGGACGACACGGACUUCUCCCUCUUCGGAGACAAGAAGAAGCACAAGAAGGACAAGGCCGAUGCCACGCUAAAUGCCAAGACGCCCACCUCAGAGGCGGAUCUCAAGAGGAUCAUCACCUCGAUACCCACCAGCGAUGACACCUAUGAGAAUUGCCAGCGGGCGGGCAUAGCUUUGAUCCUCAAUCACAAAGAUGUCAAAGGUCAAAAGCAGCGGGUGGGAACGGAAAGGGACAGGGAUGAUAUGAGGACCUCGCUCAAGGGAUACGGCUUUGAUGUGCGAGUCUAUGAUGACCUCACGUUUGCCGAAAUCAAUGACAAGCUCAAGGAGGUUGCACGUGAGGAUCACAGUUUGAACGAUUGCUUUGUCCUGGCCGUGAUGUCCCACGGAACGGAGGGCAAGGUCUAUGCCAAGGACAUGUCAUAUCCUGUGGAACGUCUGUGGAAUCCCUUCCUUGGUGAUAACUGCAAAACGCUGAAAAACAAGCCCAAGAUUUUCUUCAUUCAGGCCUGUCGCGGAGAGAAUCUGGAGAAGGCGGUGGAGUACUCCAGUUUUGCUGUGAUGACCAGGGAACUGGCUCCCGCUGCCCCAGCUGCCGUUCAACCCAUUACCUAUGCCAUUCCCAGCACAGCGGAUAUGCUAGUCUUUUACUCCACUUUUGACAAAUUCUUCUCCUUCCGCAAUGUGGACGAUGGCUCCUGGUUUAUCCAGAGUCUGUGCCGAGAGCUGGACAUUGCCGCCGUGAACGAUGCCUCUCGGACGGAAGGCGCCGAGCUGCUCCGCCUGCUCACCGCCGUGAACCGGAAGGUGGCCUACGAGUAUCAGUCGAAUACCAAGAACGAGGCUCUCAACCAAAUGAAGGAAAUGCCCAAUUUUAUGUCCACACUGACCAAGACCUUCCAUCUUCGCGUGAAGCCCUUGUCCUGAGCACCUGGUGGGGAAAAGGAAAUCAAUGCCAAAGCUCCCGGGGACUGUGAGUCAGUCCCAGUCCGCCCGGUAGAACUCUUUCACAUUAAUCGUUAAAUCGUAAUGUUUGCCAUUUGUUUAUAGAAAUAAAUACGUGCGUGUGUGUGCGUCUAUCGACGGCACUUAUCUGGAAUUGGCUUAGUGCCGCUGGGCCGAGAUAACAA